AUGGACGAUCUGACAGGCUCGGUCAAAGAUGCUGCGAGCUCUGUGACAAAGAAGCUUGCAUCAAAAGCUAUUGACCAUAUUAGAGGUUUUUCCGAUGAAUAUCUUGAGGAUCAGAUGUCGAAAGGAAAAACGGUAGAGGGAAGCAAAAGAAUGACAUUGAUGGCACUACUAUCCAGUGUUGCCCAAUUGGGAAUGGAGACGAUUAACGAUGGUGACGGCAACAACGGCAAUUCACCAUAUUCGAACGAAAAGCAGGACCAUUUCACAGAUAAAUUGAUCAACAAGCUGGUAAGCAAACUCUCUAAGAGUAAGGAUAAGCAGGAACUAAGGCAGAAACUCGCAGAUGUAAGAAGGAGCCAGAAGCCGCGGCUUUCACUUGUCAAAACAACGGAGAACUUGAAGAAUCUCAGCUAUCGCGUUAGCUUUGUGAUCGACAUGCAAAGACAAAUUGUUUCAAUAAUCAAGUGGGACCAGAAAUGGAGAACUAUGACAUACAUGUUCCUAUAUACAUGGGCAUGCAUACAUCCGUACUUGCUCCUAGUUUAUCCCAUUGUGUUUUUCUAUGGUACAGUGAUGAUUCCGGGGUAUUUGGACAGGCAUUUUUCCUCAAAACCUGAAAUGCUUCCAGAAAAGCCCAGAGAGCCCGAUUCCGCUUUCGACUUCCUAAAAGUGACAGACGACGAGUCGGCUGCUGCAAUAGAGAACGAGAGGGCGGCCUCCGUGCGUGAGGAGAUGUUUGAGAGGAAGUUGAUCGAGCAUGGAUACUAUGGAGGCUCAGAUAUCGCCAGUCCUCUUUCAUCUGCUGUUACUAGUGAAAAUGAGGACUCUAGCAUUCACCGUGAGGGUGAAUUUUACAGUGUUGUGGCCGACUCGACGGCAAACAAUGUUUUCUUGGUGUCAGGGGGUGCUAAAGGUGCCAAAAGUGUAGAAAAUACGGAAAAGAGUACAGUUGAGGCCGAUAUGGUGCCGAAUAGUGCAUCGGGCGAGAAAACAGGCCGGUUUAUCAAGAAUCUCAGCUUGUUGAUCAACAUGCGAGAUCUCCAGAACCUCACCUCUGAUUUGGUGCGCAUUCUUGAUGACUGCGACCUGUUUGUGAAGGACAAUUGUACUUUCAGCGAUGAGGAGACGACUACAAUUCUAUUCUACAGGAUGUUAUUGCUUGUGGUGACAAUAUGCGCAUUUGGGGCGUGGGUUCCAUGGUGUGCAGUGUUUAUAUUUGCUGGGUGGGUGUUUGUUCUCUGGAAUCACCCAGCCCGGGCAACAUUUAUGGAUUUUGUACGUGAUAAAUCCAGCAAGACGAGUAAGGACCGCAGUAAUGGUGUUUCCGGUAAGAGCAGUGCGGGCAUAAAGGGGCUUUUAGACAAUAUCAUCGUCAAUGAGCCGGCUGUGCAGAAGGAGGUGACGAUAUUCGAGAUUCAGAAGCAGGAUUUGGCAGAUAUUAAGCUUUACCACCCGUUCAUCUACUCGAAUUCUCCCUUCACAGUCAGUUCCUCAAGCAGAGUACGCAGAAAACGACCAGUUGGAUGUUCAGACUUGAACAUGGUCAAGCCUCCAUCGAGAAAAUGGAAGUUUAGUGCGGGAUCCCAGUGGAAAGCAGAGGAGGAAAACACCCUCGGGUGGAUUUCCCAGUUCGGCCUUGAAAGUGAGCUAUCCGGCAGUGAUGAAGAUGAUGGUUGGGCCUAUGACUACAAUGGGGAGUACCGCCGAAGAAGAUUGGUCAGAUCUGUUUGUUGGAAUCCUGCAUAG